GACGAUUUCACGAACGUGCGCUUGUCAACUGGUAAUCUGCCUUGCUUCCUAAUCCACCGUUGGGCCCUCUGCGUAGACGCUGCCGCAGAAAGCCUUUUCCGAUUACAACGCCUUUGGACCGUCACGAUCGUAAACAGCCUUCCCGUGAUGCUGGCAGUCUCCUUAGAUCGGUGCUCGGGCCCGACACCAGUCAUAACGGCCGCAACUUGAUUCCACACACUGACAAUGCAUUUCUCCAAGACCUAUGCUCAACUGCUGAGCGAGCUCCCACACGAAUUAAGCGACAAUGCUAUUCAAUAUCGUCAGCUGAAAAAACUCAUUAAUCAAGUCGCCAUAGAGCUCGCAACGCUCGGACUUGGGCCGGCAGUGUUAAACAGUCUUUUGCGAACCGGUUCCGACUCGAUUCCGUCGGAGGGGAAGGGGAAAGGACGCGGCACACGUAUCGUUUACGAAUACAAUAAUGAGUCGGGUCAAAUUCAGCCUCGCUUGCGAUUGUGGGUCGGCGCUUCCCACUCAACGACCUCACCAUUUCGAUCCGAAGCAGGCACAGAAGAAGAAGAAUUGGGAACAGACGACCCGUCGCUUGCCGCGCUACUAUGGGCCAUGCAGCGAGAAAGCAAGCCCUUGGGGACGUCGGUAGAACAACGAGAUGGCAACAUGGAAAUCGUUAUACCAUUACCCUCCGAUUCCGCCUUUUUCCAACUGCUUGCCACUGCUCUUUCCGCUUUAUCCGAGAGGCUGCUCGCCAUACAUGCUGAAUUUGUGCGAACGCUUGCUGACCUGACCGUCGCUGUGUCGUCUUCGGCACGUCCAGUUUCGUCCGAAAACCACUCAUUCAGAGUGCAUUCGCCUUUCACAUCGGAUGCUGGUGGAGUCCGAGUAGACGCUUCGAGCAGAAAGAGUGAUCUUUCGACUUGGCGAGAGAUAUUCCAGCUCUAUCUCCAGGCCGAAAUCUUCGAAUGCCUGAGCGAAAGAUCGCGAGGGGAACGCACAGUUGAAGAUGUGGAGACCCGAUUGAAGGACUUUGCAGAGCGCGUGACUGUACUGGGACUGGAUGAUCGACGGCGUCUUAAGCUUCCUGCGAGUCAAAGUGCACUCAAAACUUUCUUCGAACUAAACGUUUUCAUCUUGAACGUCAAGAAGUUUGAACUUGCUAAUUCGGAAGCGACCCGCAAAAUCUCAAGAAACAUACGAAACGCACAGCGUUGCCUAUCACCGACAAUAAUAACACCCAUUCGCUCGCAAUAUUACCCUCCCAUGAUGCUUCUCUUCCCCGUAUUCUCGUUCAAGACCAAUGUUGAUUGGGCUUUGCUCAACUUUAUGCGCGAUUGGUUUCCGGAAGAGGCUCGUUUCAAAUUGCGUCAGAACGAGCAGGAAGCUGCCCAAGAACAAAUGGAAGAACUAGGCAUCACUUCUCAGCAGCCGUGUCUUAUUAUGUAGUGCCUGAUGAAGUACAGAUGCGAUACCCUAUGAGCCUUCCUUGGAGCU